GGCUCCUUGGUCUGUGAUAAGAUCCACUGAGUCAGAGAUCAUGUGUGCAGCUCUAAUCUCAUCUCGUCUGUUUAUCCAGUGGAUAUUUAUAAGUUACUGUUUCAAACUUUAAACCUUCUCCCAAAAAAGACUAUUUCUAAAAUGACCUUCAUUCUGAUCCUGGGGGAAAAUCCAAGUACAUGAAGUUGAAAAAAUGUCAAAACAAAAUCAUGACGAAUCCCUGAAACUCAAACAAAAGAGAAGAAUGCAACAACGUAAUUUAGAAACUGUAUUAAUAGAUGAUUGAUUAAUUAAUUGUCUUGUUUUGUCUCUUGCUUAUUUGUCCAUCUGGCUGCAUCUGCUCCUUAUUAGUGCUUGUAGUGUCAUAUUAUUUUAAUUGUUCAAUUUAUAAAAAAAAAAAAAGACUAGUAAACACCUACGUCAACAUGUGGCAAUGUUCAUUAGUACAAGCUUUGCAAAUGAAUUGAGGGAAAGAAAGAAGAAAUGUAAGCUACUGUAGAUGAAGUAACUCUGGACCUGCAGAGACUUUUCUACAACAUGAGAAAAAAGCUGAUGCUUGCCAUGCGUACCAGAUCGUCCACAGCAACGGGAUCCCGGACGAGCAGAUCGUGGUCAUGAUGUACGACGACUUGGCUCAGAAUGAAGAGAACCCGACCCCUGGGAUCGUGAUCAACCGGCCGAAUGGCACAGACGUGUACAAGGGAGUUCCUAAAGAUUACACUGGGGAUGAUGUGACUCCGGAGAACUUCCUGGCUGUGCUGAAGGGAGAUUCUUCAACAGCCAAAGGGGGCUCAGGAAAAGUGUUGAAGAGCGGCCCCAACGAUCAUGUGUUUGUGUACUUCACCGACCACGGGGGACCUGGUAUUCUGGCUUUCCCCAAUGAUGAGCUCCAUGUUGAAGAUCUUCAGGAAGCCAUUAAAUACAUGCAUGAAAAUAAGAAAUACAAAAAGAUGGUGUUGUACAUUGAGGCGUGUGAGUCUGGGUCAAUGAUGAAGCCUCUGCCCGCUGACAUUGACGUGUACGCCACCACAGCAUCCAACUCCCAUGAGUCCUCUUACGCCUGUUACUAUGACGAGAAGAGGGAGACGUACCUGGGCGACUGGUACAGCGUGAACUGGAUGGAGGACUCUGAUGUGGAGGACCUGGCCAAAGAAACUUUGAUGAAGCAGUACAAGAUUGUACGGAGCCACACAAACACCAGCCACGUCCAGCAGUUUGGGAACAAGACGCUGGGCCACAUGAAGGUUGACGCAUUCCAGGGUGACCACAAAGCCGGCGGCCCACCUGCUCCUUCAGUGACCCUGCAGCCCGUUAGGAAUCUGGAUCUGACCCCAAGCCCGGACGUUCCCCUGGCCAUCCUCAAGAGGAAGCUGAUGGCCUCUAAUGACAUCGCAUUUGCAAGGGGGAUGCUGAUGGAGAUCAGCGCACACCUCAAGGUCAGGGAGAUGCUCGCUGAGACGAUGCACCGAGUGGUUGAGAAGGUGACCGGCAGUAAGGUCGAGGCUGAGGUGGUUUUCAACGAAAGAGCCGACCUGUCCCAGCACCAGUGCUACAAGGCUGCGGUCAAACACUACAAACAGAACUGCUUCAACUGGCACAAAACCGAGUAUGAAUACGCUCUGAGGCAUCUGUAUGCUCUGGUGAACCUGUGUGAGAGAGGAUACCCUGCAAACAGAAUCCAGCUGGCCAUGGACUCCGUGUGUCAUUUCAGCAAGUGAAAAUCGUUCUACAAAUCCAUCAAGUCUUGGAUCAGGCUGCUUCUUCUAUGUGGAAGAACCUGAGAAGAUGAUGUUUGUCUUUGCACUGUUUAGGAAUCAAUCUGACAUGGACUUGAUGCUGCCGUUUUAUCAACACCCUUUUUUUUUUUUAAACUGAGAAUUUUAAUGUGUUUUUAUGAUGAAUUGCACUACCCCCCCUGUCCUGGGUUUGUGGAUCAUGUUUUACUGCUUCUGAUUUAUUUUUAAAUUUGUAAAUUUGUUGUGCUUUCAGCUUUAUGUGUGGCAUGGAAGGCUUGACGUGAAUGUUUGAUUGACAUGUUAAGGUCACACCACAAAAUAUUGAAUGUUAGUUGAACCUCAAGAGACUUUGAUGUAUCUUGAAAUAAAAUCUGACAAACUAAUCUAAAA